CAAAUUUCCUCUUACUUUCCUCCAAUCUCUUUCUCUACAUGUCUCCCCCCUUCAAUUUCUACAAUAUAUUAAUAUACAACCCACUCACAAUCCCUAAAUCAUUUACUUACUUCCACACAGCUUCAACAGAUCUCAUAUUUCCAAAAUGUCCAGGACGACGUCGUAUUGGUGUUACAGAUGCACACGCAUCGUCAGACUCACAACCGAAGACGCCGUCGUUUGCCCAUACUGCGACGGCGAAUUCAUCGAAGCCGUUGAUUCUCCCGCCUCUCCGCCACCUGAAACUCGCCGGAGAACCUCCACCUACUCUCUCUCCGGCAACAACCGGUCAGAUCUGAGGCUCCGCCGGCGUAACAGAGGCGACAGAUCUCCGUUCAAUCCAGUAAUCGUCCUCCGCGGCGGCGGCGACGGCGUCGCCGAUGAUAAUUCCAGCGGCGGAGACAGAGGUUUCGAGCUCUACUACGACGACGGAGCUGGUUCCGGUCUCCAACCGCUGCCGCCGACAAUUUCAGAGUUUUUGAUGACGUCAGGUUUUGAUCGGUUGUUAGAUCAGUUAUCGCAGAUUGAUAUUAACGGAUUAGGUCGAACGGAGAAUCCGCCGGCGGAGAAAUCCGCCGUGGAAGCGAUGCCGGUGGUUGAGAUCUCGGAUAUCCACGUCAGCAAUGAGUUGCACUGUGCUGUUUGUAAAGAAGAGUUUGUUAUUGGAGUUGAAGCACGUGAGAUGCCGUGUCGUCACAUAUAUCAUCCUGAUUGUAUUCUACCGUGGCUAAAUGUGCGAAACUCGUGUCCUGUUUGCCGUUACGAAUUGCCAACAGAUUCAACAAAUCUAACAGAUGUAACUAACUCGAACAAUAGCGAACAAAAUGACGAUGAAUUAUCAACCGUUGGAUUGACAAUUUGGAGAUUACCUGGAGGCGGAUUCGCGGUUGGGAGGUUUUCGGGUGGGAGAAGAGGGGGAAGCCGAGGAGGUGAGAGAGAGCUUCCGGUUGUGUAUACGGAAAUGGAUGGAGGGUUUAGUAACGGUUUAGGUACGCCGAGGAGAGUGAUGUGGGAAUCGGGGAGGAAUAGGGGGAAUGGAGAAGGUGGAUUUGGGAGAGUGUUUCGGAACAUGUUUUCGUUCUUUAGGAGGAGAAGGCGUGGGGAUUCGGAUGGUGUGUCGAUGGAUAGGAGUCGAAGUGUGUCGAGUUCGGUUUUUGGUAGAAUGAGGAGUAGGGGAAACAGGACUUGGAAUUUGGAUGAGGAAAAUGGUUUGCCAAUGUAUGUUUAAGUUUUAAAUGGAUGUUUAAAAGUUUAAGUUGUGUAUAUAAGUUUGAUUCAGAUUUUGUGCAAGUGAAAAAGAAAUGGAGAAUGCAGCCAUUUGUGGUAAAGAAAUGCUGCUGGUUUUUGUUAAAAAAAGCUAAAUUAAAGGCAUUUUGAUGAAGAUAUGGGCAGGUUUUGAUUUUGUUCAUCUGUAGAUUUGUGUUAAGUUCAUUAUGUUAAAUGUUUAGAAUAUAUAAUCAUCUUAAUCCU